AUGCCCACUGAAGAAUAUGGGCCAAUCGUUGUAAGUGAUGCAUUUUAUUUAGAGGCCCCGAAUUUUAAGACUAAACAUGACACUUGCAUCUAUCAACUAGUGAAAAUCUUUCCAGUCCCUCCCAACUUCCAUUACCCAGACGAUAUUGAUUACCUGGAUAUGGAUCCGGAUUCGUUACUCGCAGAACAUGCAAUUAUUACAGCAAAUGCAACUUGUGGUGAACGAAAACGGGAAUAUUUUUGCCGUUUAGUUGAACACGCUGGGUAUGACUUUGCAGCUCUGUUGAGGAUAAAACGUCAAACAUUUUCGCAUCCUCAAGAUGCUAGGACUUUUAAAGAUGUUGACGGCACUGUGAUAGAAUGCAAUUACUGUGAUGCAAGGGAUCCUAGUCUACGACAUCCUAUCGAGUAUGCGGUUUCCGGUGACAAUAAUUUGUGGUGGCAGAGUCCGUCUCUUGCUGAAGGCCUUCAAUAUCAUGCUGUGACAAUCGAUGUCGAUUUGAAACAGGUAUAUCAAAUUGUCUUCAUUCUACUUCGAAUGGGAGACUCCCCACGCCCAGCUAACUGGAUUCUAGAAAAAUCUAUAGACGGAAAAGAUUUUCAACCAUGGGUCUUCUUUGCAGAGAAUGCUCAACAGUGUAUGUCUAUGUUUCAACCGACGGUAAAUGGAACGCUUCGCAUUACAAGUGAUUCACGACCCCACAAACUUGGAAAUGCAGAGGUUUACUGCACGACAUACUUCAGCCAGCCUCAAAAUCUCCAGGCCGGUGAAAUAAUUAUUCCAUUGACUGUUGAUAGGGAAGGUGCAUCAUCCUCAUACCUUGAGGCCAGUAAACCCAUCGAUCCGGAACUGAUCGAGUUUCUCUCGGCACGAUUCGUCCGUCUUCGUUUCCAGAAAUUGCAGACCCUUUCAGGUGACUGGAUGACACUCCGUGAUCAAUUAGACCCGACUGUAUACAACCGGUAUUACUACUCCAUUAGAAACAUCAAAAUCGGUGGGAAGUGCAUUUGCAAUAGUCAUGCCAACACUUGUGGUCGUCAAAUGGUCAAUGGAGUCCCAAGAGCGGUUUGCGAUUGUCAGCAUAAUACCUGUGGUCAUACUUGUGAGAAAUGCUGUCCAUUAUUCAAUCAACAGCCCUGGCGCCCUGGUGGAAUGUGUGAAGAAUGCAAUUGUCAUGGAAAGGCUGAUUCUUGUGUCUACAAUCAGACGGUGGCAAAUCUUCAACUUAGUCUCAAUCGAUACAACGUCCGAGAAGGUGGUGGUGUCUGUCUUCAAUGUCGCGAAAAAACAAUGGGUAUAAAUUGUGAAGAUUGUAUUCCUGGCUACUAUCGUCCAUUGAAUGUUGGUCCUGAUGCCAGGAACCCCUGUGUCCCAUGUCAAUGCAAUAUUCACGGCUCAACGGGCGUCUGUAUUUCCAAUGAUGCCUUGAUGCCAGAAAAACAACCCGGAGAUUGUGUCUGCCGGGAGGGCUUCGCUGGUAGGCUUUGUGAUAGGUGUGCAGAGGGGUACUAUCAAUCACCUUUUAAUCCACGGGAGUGUCUCAAAUGUCCCUGUGAUGUAGCCGGUUCCCAUAGAGGUCAAGGCUACCGCUGUCAACCGCCAUGCAAUUGUAAGGCUAAUGUCGACCCAGACUCACUUUGCAAGGCUUGUCUGCCUAACCAUUUCAAUCUCGAUGAUAAUAAUCCAGAAGGUUGUCAAGAAUGCUUCUGUAUGGGUCUGACCAAAGACUGUCAGAGUGUCUCAGUCGCAACUUCAAGGCGAUUGGAGCAGGAGGGCAAAUUGGGUUUGGUUGAUACGCUAGAGGGAUGGAGUCUUGUAGUUCCUUCUUCGCCUCGUUCCUUGUCAGUACCUCCAACUAGCGCUGGUGCUUCAGCAGACAGUGUUGAAACAACGCGGAUGCUUCGUGUGUCUGCCGAAGAUGCUGAAUUCGCCCUAGGUCCACCAGCUGCAGUCCCGGGGAAGUCAAUUUACUGGAGUGCUCCUGUGGAAUAUCUUGGAAAACAGUUGACUGGAUAUAGAGGUUACCUGGAAGUUAUCACACGUUUCACCUCACUAGUUAUUCGCAAAACUACUGCAUAUGAUAAUUACACUGCUUCAAGAGUCUGGAUAACUGAGCCGGACGUCGUUAUUGAAGGCCAUGGAAUUCGCCUUGGUUACACACCCUCUCCAGAGAUGCGACAAACUCAUCGUGUACAACGUAUUCAACUACACGAAUCCAAUUUCCGGGUACUGGUUGAAGCCGGCAAUGGUGGUUUAGAUCGAAUUCCCAUCCACCAAACCCAGGUUACCCGGAGCGGAAGACAGCAAAUGUAUCCAGACCCAGCAUACAGACAAGAAAGCCCAAACAGAUUGGAUUACACAAAAGUUGGCCGACCAGCAACUGUGGUAGAUAUAAUGACAGUACUUUCGAAUUUGACGAGACUCUACAUUAAAGCAAAGUACACUGAUGAUCAGACAUUUACCGAACUCCGACGGUUAGCAAUGGAACGAGCAGAGCGGAAGAACGUUACACUAGGAGGACUUCCAGAAGGUAUUCGUGGAAUUGAAGAGUGUCGGUGCCCCCCUGGACAUCGUGGUACCUCUUGUGAAGAAUGUGAACUCGGUUACUGGAGGGAUCCCUCGGUCGGCCCUGCUGGUGUAGACCAAACCGGUGCAAUCGCUGCGUUUUUGGGAUUAGUGAACCCUAUCUUCAGGCGUGCUUGUGUUCCAUGCGAUUGCAAUGGACGCGCUGAUACUUGUGACCCAAAUACUGGACACUGUUUGAACUGCAAAUACAACACCUUCGGUCCAAAGUGUGAACAAUGUGCUCCAGGAUUCCACGUUGAUCCUACCAAGUUUGGAUCGGACAUCUGUCAACCUUGUGAAUGUCCAUCAGUUCUGAAUCAGAAGACAAAUUCCUGUGUUGCCCUGUCUCCUGGAGAUUUGGGAACUUUUGGUAUCUCUGCUGAAAAACCAUACGCAUGUCUGGACUGCGAGGACAAUACCCGAGGCCAGUUCUGUGAAUCCUGUGUCGAAAUGUACUACGGAAACCCAUUGCUUGGUCAACCUUGCCGACACUGUGAUUGCGGUCCCAUGGCAACUGGCUGUGACAGUAUCACAGGAGAAUGCCAAUGUGGUCAUUACACAACUGGACCUCGGUGCACUGAGUGUGCAUUCGGUAGUCAUGGUGACCCAAGCAAAGGGGAACCCUGUACCCCUUGUGGUUGCCAUCCAUUGGGAAGUCAAAGCAUUGAAUGUGACAAGGACACUGGUCUUUGUCUCUGUCGUCUAUUCUAUGAAGGUCGCCAUUGCGAUCGAUGCGUUGCUGGUCGUGGAAAUGUGGACGCUGGAUGUCCACUAUGCAACUGUGACCCCCUGGGCUCAGUACCUCAACAGUAUGCAUCGUGUGACCCAGUUACUGGACAGUGCACUUGUAAACCCGGUGUUGGCGGUACUCUUGAAUGUGAUAGAUGUGCUGAUGGAUACUACAACCUUGGGAGUAACGGAUGUCAAAAAUGUGACUGUUCAAAUCGGGCACUCUCGACUGCUUGCCAUCCAACUUCUGGUCAGUGCGAAUGCGGAAACAAUGUGGUUGGGCAAAAAUGCGAUCGCUGCUUGAUGGGCCACUAUUGGAAUGGAAGUGAACCAAAUUGUCGCCCUUGUGACUGUGGUCCGGGUGCAAUAGCCAAUAAGGAAUGUGACUUGUAUUCUGGCCAAUGCCGUUGCGCCCCGUAUGUGACUGGUCGACGCUGUGACCAAUGCCAAACAGGCUUUUGGGGACCAUCACCUAGUGGUUGUCAACGUUGCCCUCAAUGUCCAAAUGGUCGGGUCUGCGAUCAGUUGACCGGAAAAUGCAUUUGUCCGCCAAAUACAAUAGGAGACCGAUGUGAAGCAUGCAGUCCCCAUUCAUAUGACUACAACCCAGCUCUUGGAUGCAAAGAUUGCAACUGUUCCGCUAUUGGUUCGGAUGACUCUACUGGAGAUUGUGAUCUUAUAACUGGCCAAUGUGCUUGUAAGAGCGGUUUCGCCGGUCGUGCCUGUGACGAAUGUGCUCCUGGUUACUAUGGCUAUCCUGACUGUAAGCCCUGUAUGUGCAGUCUGGAAGGGACCCUUCGUAAUUCUAGCAAUGGAGAUCAAAUCACCUGUGAUCCAAUUACUGGUGCCUGUCUCUGCAAGGCUAAUGUUGAGGGAGAGAAGUGUGACAAGUGCAUAGCCGGAUCAUUCGGGAUUAGUGCUGAUUAUCCAUUGGGUUGUUACGCUUGUUUCUGUUUCCCAACAUCUCAAUCAGCUCAAUGCGAACAACUCAAAGGCUUCCGAUCGGUUCCAGAAGCUCCACGCCGUCUUCAGCUGGUGGACACUGACAAUCAAUACUUGCCGGGUGGUCCAAACGUUGACCUUCGCUUGACCUCAGAGGUCAGUCAGGGAUCAAGUGAGCUGCCUGAUUUGACGGUUGGACAAAAUCAGUUCAAAUGGAGAUUCUCAAAGAGUAUGCCUACAUAUCUUAUUUUACCUGAUACCCGUAGCUAUGGAUCUAUCUUUGUGGAAAUUCAUGCAGACUGCUUGCCAACGGGUAACUGUGGUCAAGAAUAUCCAUCCACCGUUUUGCAGAAUCGUGGAAGGCCUACCACAGAUCGAACAGUACUAGAAGAUCCUCAGAAGAUAUUUGCUCGAAUGACGGCCCUUAAUGGACAAUUGGAGUUUGAAUACCAGCCAGAGGAUCUCCCAGCUCAGACCGCCGUGCCUGGUGGUGACCUGGGUGCGCAGUACAACACCAUUUGGAUGAGGGAGGCGGAUUGGGUCCUUACUCGCAUUCAUUCUCAACAUCUUCGAGUUAGACCUAGCCGUGCAGCACUUAUGCUGGCUCUAACCAAUAUAACUACGUUCUCUGUACGAUUGACAACUUCGGGUAUACCCCUCAAGGCUAUUAGUGUGAACUAUCGAACAAGAACUGCCAAGAGCGAAACGCUAACCCAACUUGGUACCCCAAUCACCACCAUAGAAAAAUGUAUUUGCAAUAACACAGCAUCAAAGGGUGAUCACUGUGAGUUGGCUGACGAACUUAACUACUUCCCACCAAUCACCAUUAAACCUGGACCGGAUGGAACUUACUUUGAUGAUCUUGUUGAUAUUACGAAACCAUCAGAGAAUGGUACAAUUGCUGCAGGAGGAAAGCCAAGCUUUAAAAUUGAAGGCGGAAGUGUCUUAAAAUGUGAAUGCAAUGGAAUGUCGAGUGAAUGUGAUUCAGAAACUGGUUUCUGCUUAAACUGUGAAGGAAACACAGCUGGCGCACAUUGUGAAAUCUGCACGGAGGGUUACAUGGGUGAUCCAACCAAGGGCAUCCCCUGUGAAAAGUGUCCUUGUCCUAGUGAGAAUGCCAAUUUUGCAAAAACCUGCCGCAUAAUUGGACAGACUGGCUCAUACGUAUGUGAGUGCCUUCCAGGAUAUGCUGGCCAGUUAUGUGAUAGAUGCGCUACCGGCUACUAUGGAGAUCCUUUGAAUUUGAUCCCUUGUAAGAAAUGCGAAUGUAAUCCGGCCGGAUCACAGCAUCAGAAUUGCAACAUGAAGACAGGUCAAUGCGUCUGUUUGCGCGGAAUAACUGGAAGACAGUGUGAUGAAUGUUCACCCGGACAUGUGGUCGAUGGGGGCCGAUGUAUUGACUGUCGUGGUGAAUGUACUGGUGAACUCUUGGAACGAGCAGCUGAGGUGAGUGAUGAAAUCGACAGAAUCGAUCUAACAGAGCUAGCCAAUCAGGGUUUGGCUGAUCUACAAAACCGAACAGACAAGCUCCUUGAUCGUUACGAAUCAGCUGGUAAAACUCUAAACGCUGAACGAGAUCUUAUCGAACGGGCUUCUAAGAUCACUUCUGACUUGGCACGGAUCUCACUCAGCGUAGUGACAACUCUUCCAUCAACUGUCAAAGAUAUCAAUGAAGCUUCGUGCUUAGCUGCCAAUGCUACCAACCAAUUUUCGAGGGAUAUCGUGAGUCUUGAACGCAAGUUCAACGAUUGGAUCCAGUCAAUGAGAAAUCUCAAACCUGGACAAGUGGAUGAGGCUCUCAUACAAUAUUGGCAUCAAACGGCACGUCUGAUUCGUCAAGAAAUUGCUAGAAUUGACCUUGCACCAACAAAUGAAUGGGCUAAUAAGAUGCUUGAAGAUGUCAAGAGAUCAGAGGAACAGUUAGCUAUGAUAAUCAAGCGUGCCUCUAGUGCUGACUUUGGAUCAAAGAUCGAUCGAUUGAUCUACUAUCAGAAACUACAGGAUUCGCACCUGACCUCUCAAUUAGAACAGCUUUACUUAAUGGGCAAUCAGACGCAACGUGGACUGGAUGAAAUCUUGAGCAUUCAUGACAUGAUCGAUACCACUAGCGGUGGGGCUCUGGAUAAUCUCAGAAUUAAUCAAAGCCGCUUUGAAGAGGAACUGAAUUCGCUUAAGAGUAAUGCUUCUGAUUACCAAGAACCAACCAUGACUGAAAUCAAUCGACUAUCAGAUAUCUUGGAGAACACCCAGAAAUUCGCUGAGAUAUCAGAAACGGUACCACCUGAUGUAAUUAGCAAGGCUCAUUCCCUUAAAACGACAAAAGAUAGAAUUCUAGCUGCUUUGGACCGUCCAGGUGUUGAUCAAACUCUCGGAGUGCGUGAAACGUACAAGAAAAUUGCUGACACUAUUUUGGAAGCUCGAAACAUCACAGAUGAAUCCAUGAAAGCUAUUGAAGCUAGUGGUGGCGAAGGUGUUUCCACUAAUUCGAUUGAAGCUUCCCUUGCUGAUAUCACGAAACGUCAUGAUCAAACUACGGAUCGUGUACAACGUUUGAGCGACCGAUUGAAUGAUGAGAAACUUAUCGUUGCAGCAAAUGCCGAUCGAAUUGCGGCACUCAAGAAAUCAUUUGGGGACAUCAAUGCUGUUCUCCAGCGCACUCUUGAGGCCUCGAAGCUUACCACUGAUCGAGUUAACAAGCAACUUCUUCCACUUGUCACUUUGACCCGACCUCAACUAGACGCUCUUGCUGUUGAAAUAGAAGAUGCUAGAAAACGUUUUGACGCCAUCGACAAGGAGGUGAAAGUGAUUGAAAAGCAAUUUAACGAAAUGGAAGGAACCGCAAAUAUGGCAGUUGAUCAGGCUAAUUCAACACAGAAGAGACUACUGGAUGCCAUUUUAGCUACAGAAGAACGUGUUGAGACAGUAGAUCGAAAGAUGGCUGAUGCACGUCGAAUGGCUUCUAUAGCUAGAUCACUCCUUGAUCUAAUCUACGGUAGCCUGGGUAAAGAUCCAAUUCCUCUGAGGCUGAAUGGAGGUGGUGACUGUAUCUAUACUCUGAUACCCUACCAUGCAACCAAGAGUCGUGUCUUUGACAUGGAGUUCUGGUUUGCUCCAGCUCUUCAGCGUAUCUCUGGUAGCACUGGAUCAGCAACUGGUAUUCGAACGAAUUCUGUUCUCUUGGUUGGAAGACGUGCUUUUCCGGCUAGAACAAGCAUGUUCGCAAUCACCUUGGAAUCGAAUGGAAAUCUUAGAUUCUCUUGGUCGCAACCUGAAGUAGUUGGUGGGGAGUUGGGUGUUGAAAUUGGACCUUUGAAUGGUUCCAACACCAAUAGAGUUCGUGUGACUGCUAUUUCUGGUCGGGUAGACCUUUACCUUCAAGAGAUCCCCAAAGAUCGUGAAAACCUCGAGGGUCUUCCAAUCCACCAUGUCAACUACACAGACGAAAGCGAAGGAGAAUCUUUAACAACUGGUCUUCUCCUGGACAAUCAACUAGAGCUGCGUGUUGGUGGAGCUUUCCACAGCGUGAAUUCUGGUGGUUCGAAUUCGCCUCCAAUGGAGACUUGGGGUGAAGGUGGUGCAGAAGAAAUGUGGAAUCGAUUGGUCAAGAUGGAACACGCGAAAGGUUGUCUGUAUGAGCUUAAGAUCUCUGGACAUCGCUUAGGUUUCCCAGACUUCGCCAAGGCUGAUUCAGCUUGUCUACAACAGACCGAAGACUUUUGCAAAAUUCACACUAACUUCCGUCCAUUUGUUCGUGGUGGCUACACAUGGGACAAAUCUGCACCCCUUGAUAAGGGUCUUGAGAUAACCCCAUCGAGGAAACGACCUCAACUAUCUCCAGCGGAUUCAAGUGGUUCCGCACAUGGAGUCUCUCUUGAGUACAUGCAACUUUUCGAUUUCGGAGCCGCUGAUUCAUAUGCUCGCAUCACAAGCUAUGAUCACCUCUCACCCUGUGACAGAAAUCGCAAUAUUCACCUUCAAAAACUUGCUCCUCAAAAGGCUAACAGUAUGGUUCUGACGUUCUACAACUAUCGUGAGGAUUAUGGUAUUACGAUCGAGAGCACGGGUGUCGAAUUGAUUUGGAGUCGUUGGCAAGGUAAUCUAAAGGGUGGAAUGGGUCAAAGAGCUCGUGGUAUCAGGACGAAUCCUGUGACACAAAUUGCACCUAACUUCUGGACCCUGGAAGAACCGAUGGCCCAAGAUUGUGCUCUAGCGAAGGAGGAUGACUAUGUCUUCUUCGUUGGUGGAAUUCCUCCGGGACAUUUUGAAUUGAGAAAAGCUAUGAAGGACUACGGAUUAUCAACAAACGGAUUUAGAGGACGUAUCGGUUUAAGUACAUUGGGAGACAAUCUUCCUGGUUCAAUUUUGAUUGAUUCCUACACCAAAACACCCAUCCGUAAUUAUGGUGACACAAGAUUCGCUGACAUUCGGCAAACGGAGGAAGCUUAUGUUGUGGCAAACACUGCACCAACCAAUCAAUACUGCCUCACACUCAUGCCUCUAGCCAACCCCUCUAGCUUUGAACUCAAACCCACCAAGUUCUCAGUCCCGUGGUUACCUGAAAUCAGUAUGACCGUUCGCUUCAGACCAGUUGGAAAUGAUGAAAUCAAUCUACUCCGAAUGCAAGUCUCAGAGCAGAAUAACCUUUGGUUCCGAGUCUGGUUGACACCUGACCUGAGGGUUGGAAUUGCUAUUCCAAGCGAUCCAUCGAAGUUUAUCACCCGCGAAAUUUUCGGAGCACCAGUUAUCAGAGAUCCGGCAAACAACUUGGCUGCUUUGAAGGCACGUGAGGCCCAGGUCUUCGAUCAACCUCUUUUCACAGAAUCAGUUCUCACCAUUAAAUUCUCUGGCCAAGACAACACCAUACUAACAGUUUUAUUCGACCAACGUCCAGUACAAACAUGGACACUAAGUCAAAAAAUUCCAAAAUCUGAUGUCCUACAGGUCUAUGUCGGUCCUGAAUUGAAUACUCUUUCGUAUAGCGAGUUCUCAAUUAGCAAUCUGGUCAUUGGAAGAAAUCGGGUGGACUUCGCGGCUGAAAUGGUUGAUUCUUUGCGUGACAAGCCAUUCUACAGAUUUGGUGAAUGCGGUAGCCAACUUCGACCCAGAUUUGUGGCUCUUCCAGUUGAAAGUUCUCCAUCAGCCUCAUCUGAAUUCGUCUAUCAAGGUCUCGAUCUUCCGCAACCACCGUCUGGACGUCGUGUUCGGUCCAUAUUCGAAGAUUGUGGUGAUGUUAAUCCUCAAGUCUGUGAAGCUAUUAGUGAGAAUGUUACAAAAGAAUGGCCCAGCAUUAUUCACUCCCUCCUGUCACCAAAACCAUCUCGACGAGUUCGAGUUCGUAGCAUGCAAUUCACUGGUAAUGGACAGAGUUCAAAGAAUUGCCGGGACUCUCAGAGUCCAUCUGCUUGGUUCAACGGUGAGGCCAAUUGGGAACUUCAAAAUAUUCGCACUAUUCUCAAUGGGAAACUUGAUUUCCGCGUUUCUAUUGGUUUCCGUGUGCGUUCUGUUGGCGUUUCAAAGGACACCGUUGGCUUAUUGGCUACCUUCAACUUCGGGUUCAAGGCUGGAGAACUUUUUAUCGUUCUCAGCGAGCGCAAGGUACACCUGGUAAUUGAAAGUGGGGCCGAUGGGAACACUGACUUCUAUUGGUCCUCACCACCACUUGAUCUUCGAAGCAACGCUUGGCAUCGACUUGAGCUUCUUCCUGUCAGCAUGCAAACUAGCGAUUCUCAAAAUGGCGUUCAAAUCACUAAGAUGAGGUUCAUCUUCGAUUACUAUGAUAUUGUCAUAGAAGAGCCACUCACAUGGAGAGUACCAUCGAAUGCCUUCAUUGGUGGAUACCCUGGCUCUCGCACAAUUCGCAUGGGCUCAAAAACUAUGAAGUUAGGAAAUCUAUUUGGUUGUAUUGAUGAGCUAACGUUAGGAGGACAGGAGUUCGAACUUUCAAAAUCUGGACUGCCAGUAUGUCCGGAUUGCUUCGAUUUGGACACCAGUGCUGUUCACGUUCUGCCAAAGAUUCAGGAUAUUAUUCAACCCACUCGAGGCCUUGUGUUGCCACUCAAUCUUAAUGUUGAUUCAAAGACACUUGAGAGCAUGAAUACCCUGGAAUUCUCAUUUGAAGUUCUUUACGACGCUCAAAAAAUUGGAGUCGAAAGUCUUUUCGUCUUGGUGUUUGAAAACUUGGAUGAACCGGAUAAUCCCGUCCGCCUUUGGGUGUACCUUGACCGUUACAUGUUAUACGUUUCUGAUGGCACCAUUGACGAGAAGGUCAGUUUCGCUGUAAGCUCCACUGAACCGAUCGCCUGGCACUAUGCAUCCAUCAAGGUCGAAUUGCAGGGAUUCGCUGCGAUUAUUGACAUCAGCACACAGGGCGAGUCUUCACAAACAGCAAUCAUAAAGUCUGUUGGUCCACUAAGAGAUAUCUUUUACGGAUCCGACAAAGAAUUCACUCCAGAAAUGCAAUCAGAGAGUCACGGAGGCAUUCCCAUCCCACCAUUCAUGGGAUGCCUACGGAAUCUCAAGUUGUCUGUUAGCGAGAGUACAGUCGUCAAAGUUGAAUUCCCUGAGGGUACUCAACAUCUAGUACAUGGUGUUUGUCCUCUUUAA